AUGCGAACCUUAAGAUAUUACAGCACUAUAAGGAACUUUAACAAUAUCUUGGGGCUUAGCAAUCAAAAUGUUGGACUUGUCAUGACUGGAGCUGGACACUACAAAAACUACUCUAAGAAUAAAGACACUUGCUGCAAAGAUAUUUCCCAAACCGAAGGUAGAACAGUCGCAAAUUGGCCCAAGGGUGAUUCCAAGAUGCAAACAUGCCGCUGCAAUGGCCCACAACAGCCGCAACCGCCUAAUUACGAUCCAUACAAAAUUAGAACACCAGAAGUCGUUGUGCCACCACUUCCGCCUAGUAACGCAAAGUGGACUGGAUUCGUGUUCGUGACUCCUGGCCAACAACAAGGUUACCCCCCUAAUCAACGCACGAGCGAACAACCCAAUCUAGAAGAACAAGGCAGUGAAAAAGAGGAAAAACCAAAAGGAUUUUUAGAGAUGCUAAAAAAUAUGUUUGGAAGGCGGAAGAAAGAAAAGUCAGACAGCGAUGUCUCGAUGAUCGGGCGUCCCCGUCGCGUGACAAAGCGUCCAUUUCACUACAAAGAUCUGCCGCCUUGCGUACAGUACCUCAUAAUUGGUGCCGGAGCAGCUGCUUGGGCGGCUUACAGGUCCAUCAUAGAACAUGACAAGAAGGCAAAGGUGUUCUUUAUAUCCAAAGAAGACUGUCUACCCUACGACCGGCCUCCGAUGUCGAAGCACAUGUGGUGGAAUCCGGACCCACCGGAUAUCGAAAAACUUAACUACAUCCAGGACUGGAAGAAAAAGACCAUGUAUCUGUCGGAAUACAACAAAUUCAUGGAUCCGGUGAAAUUCUAUCGCACGAAGUCCGGACCAGCGGUCUCGAUCGCGACCGGUUAUUGUGUACAGCGUGUUGACGCUGACUACCACGUCGCGUGGGUGAAGACCCAGUGUGGAGAACAGCCUAUUUACUACGAGCGGUGUCUUCUAGCACCAGGUUCAAAACCGAAGCAACUGUCCAUGUUCAAAUCGGCCCCGAAACCGGUGCGUGAUCGCGUCUGCACCCUACGCACCAUCAGGGACUUGGAGAUCGCGUACCGAAGUGUUAAGGCGGCUAAGCACGUUGCGAUCAUAGGAGGCGGUCCUCUUGGAUGUGAAUUGGCUUGGCAUUUGGGUAGGAUGAAUAAAAUGGAUCUGGAUGUGGAUCCUGAAAAGCAGCCGCUGGAGAUAGUGCACAUUUACAAAGACAAGGGCAUCAUGGCCGGUGUGUUGCCCGAGUACCUCGGCGAGUGGGCCGCAGAGAAGAUCAAGAACGAGGGAGUCACCGUCAAACCUAAGACUCAAGUCUACGACGCUUUCCAGUCUGCGGACGGUCGGCUGAAGCUCACGCUAUCUGACGGAUCCUCUGUUGUCACAGAUUACGUACGCGAUUUGACAUAA